AUGAAGAGUGCAGACUGCAAUGUGAAUUGCAGUCAACAGCCAACACUUGUGAGAUCACAGUUGCAUCACCCUAGAAGGAACCUCCAGCAGAGGUCUCAGCCUGGAAAGGACAUUGACAAGUUUUAUGUCACUCGUGUACCACAGCUUCUGUCAGAUCAUCACUGCCACCAAACCCCUGAAUGUAACAAUGGAACACCUGUGACACAUGACCUGACAGAGCAUCUACCACCACAUACUCAGAGAGUGAAGGUAUAUGAUGAGCUUUCUCUUACUCCAAGACUUCACUCAGGACAUGGCUGCAGCAGGAGCUCUGAAUGUGACACUGGAACACCUGCAGCACAUCAUCUGACAGAGCAUCUACAGCCAUGUGCUCAGCAGGUGAAGGUGUAUGAUGAGCUUUCUCUUACUCCUACUCCAAGACUUCACUCAGGACAUGGCUGCAGCAGGAGCUCUGAAUGUGACACUGGAACACCUGCAGCACAUCAUCUGACAGAGCAUCUACAGCCAUGUGUUCAGCAGGUGAAGGUGUAUGAUGAGCUUUCUCUUACUCCAAGACUUCAAUCAGGACAUGGCUGCAGCAGGAGCUCUGAAUGUGACACUGGAACACCUGCAGCACAUCAUCUGACAGAGCAUCUACAGCCAUGUACUCAGCAGGUGAAGGUGUAUGAUGAGCUUUCUCUUACUCCUACUCCAAGACUUCACUCAGGACAUGGCUGCAGCAGGAGCUCUGAACAUAACACAACUAAGACAUUUCACUCAAAAAAAGAAACAUACAAAUGUGCUGAAUGCAAUAAAUCUUUCACACAUGCCAGUAGCCUGAAAAGUCAUAACGUCAUUCACACAGGAUUGAAACCAUAUAAAUGUACUGAAUGCAGUAAGUGUUUCACACGGCUAAGCAGUCUUCAAAGUCAUUACGUCAUUCACACAGGAGUGAUGCAAUAUGAAUGUACUGAGUGCAAUAAGGGUUUCACACAGCUAAGGUAUCUUAAAAGGCAUUGUGCCAUUCACACGGGAUUGAAACCAUAUAAAUGUGCAGACUGCAAUAAGAGUUUCACACAGCAAAGCAAUCUUCGACGGCAUUGUGCCAUUCACACAGGAUUGAAACCGUAUAAAUGCACUGAGUGCAAUAUGUGUUUCACAGUGCUAAGCAGCCUUCAAAGGCAUCUUUUCACUCACACAGGAGUGAAGCGAUAUGAAUGCACUGAGUGCAAUAAAGGUUUCACACGGCUAAGGAGUCUUCGAAAACAUUAUGCCAUUCACACAGGAUUGAAACCGUAUAAAUAUACUGAGUGCAAUAAGGGUUUCACACAGCUAAGUAAUCUUUGA